CUGACUUGACGUACGCUAGUCCUGCAGGUAGCAUCGUAGCUCCCCCCACCCCGGGUCUGGAUCCCAUAGACCGGCGAGAUAGAGGAUCCCAGGACAAAGGAGAGAAAACAGUGACAGAGAGUGAGAGAGGAGAGAAUCUCAGACAAAGAUGAUAAUUAUCUCCACGCUGGUGGGCCUGCUGCAACCGGUGCUGUCGGCGCUGUCGGGGGCUGUGCAAUGGCAGGGCCUGGAGCACUGGUUCUUCCUGCUGGGCCUGCGCCUGCUGGCCAUGUACUUCGCCAGUGCGCCGUGGGAGAGCGCGCAGCAGGAUAUAGCGUGUGCCUGGAGUCCCGGCCAGGAUGCGGAGACCCGGCGCUUCUGCACCUCGGUCUGCUACAACCGCCACUUCCUGGACCCCAUCAGGCCCACCUGGGGCUUCUCCUUCCUCAUCGCCCUGCUCCCCAUUACCAUUCUCAGAAUGCUGUACCCCAAAGACGAUCCUCACAGCAAGGGGGGGCAGGAGAUUGCGGCGUCGGCCACAUGCAACAGAGCCACCGAACACAAGUUGGUGGCAGAAUCCUACAUGACUGCCAGACCCAAGAGGGGAGGGCAAUCCAACAUGGCCGCUAAAUCCAACAUGGCUGCCAUGGUCCAGCCGAUGGGAGACUCCAACAUGGCCACCAACCCCAAGCUGGUUGGUGUGAACAAUGUGGCUGCCAGAGCCAACACAGUUGGGGUCAGUGGUGUGACCGGCUCCCCGGCAGGACCCGACAUGGCCGCCCAGCCGCUCUGGCAUGCUGGAGUCUUCACCAUGUGCAUCGCUUCACUGCUGGCUACCGAGAUUGGCUUCCUGUGGGCCUUGCUUGCCCAGCAGUUGCCCACAGCAUCAGGAGUUUCCUUCCACUGCUUCCCCAGCACCCUGGCCUGCCCCAGUAUCCUCGAGUGCGCCGUGAGGGGCCAGGCCGACAAGCACAUGGCUCUGGUCAUCUUGGCCCUCACGGCCUGUGUCAGCAUCCUGAUCUGCCUGACCUAUGGAGGCAUGUGGCUAGGCAGGGCCACCUGUUGCCAUGGGAAAGAGGAGAGGGAGCGGGCCCCAAAGGUGGCACACAUGAGGGAGGGAAGCAUGUGCUGUGAUGGGUGGGAAGAACAGGAGAUGGAGGAAGGCAGGGUGCUGAGGGGGGACUGGGAGAGUGGGGAAUGGGAUGCCAGGAUGGGGAUGAAUGGGGAACGGAAGGGCUAG